AAAGACUAGUCUGUGUAAGUUUCAGAGCCGGACAGAAAGCUCAUGGCUGUGCAUUCAUUCCGCUAUGGACUGAGCACCCGCAUUAAACUGAUUUAUUUUUCGGCGGUCAGUCAGAGCGCGAGCUGAUGCGCUGAACCGCAGCGGGUUCUUUUCCGCGGUGCAAAUCCUGAUCCUGUUUUCUGACUCGGUCCAGGAGAAAACAUCAGUGCCAGCACUAGGUGUGCGUGUUAGAAGGACUAUAGAAGUGUGUGGACAGUAUAGGAGAACGAUGGGGAGGAUGAAGAUGGUGCGCUCGGGCUUCUUUCCGCUCCUCUGGAUCUUCAGAAUCAGCAUCAACUCGCACGCGGCUCCUUCAUCUGCCCACAAGUGUGAUGAAGCCUUAGCCACACCUCUUUCCCACAGUGCCUUCAGUGGUUCAUCUGUGUUUACCACUGGAUAUGCUCCUGGAUACGCCAAACUGAACAGAAGAGGAGGUGCUGGAGGCUGGUCACCGCUCGACACUGAUCAUUAUCCAUGGCUGCAAGUAGACCUGGGCAGCAGGAAGCAGGUGACAGCCGUCGCCACUCAGGGCCGAUAUAGCAGCUCAGACUGGACCACACACUACCGGCUACUUUACAGUGGCAUGGGCAGGAACUGGAAACCCUACCAUCAGGACGGAAACAUCUGGGUGUUUACAGGAAAUUCCAAUACAGAGAGUGUAGUGCGUCAUGAUCUUCAGCACAGCAUCGUUGCCCGAUAUCUACGAUUUGUCCCUCUGGGCUGGAGUGAAGAGGGUCAAAUAGGUCUGCGGAUAGAAGUUUAUGGCUGUUCAUACUGGGCUGAUGUGAUUCACUUUGAUGGCCAAGGCGUAAUCUCCUACCGAUUCAAGAUGAAGAAGAUGAAAAUCCUGAAGGAUGUGAUAGCACUGAAAUUUAAGACGGGUGAAAGUGAUGGGGUGAUCUUGCAUGGCGAGGGUCAACAGGGCGAUUACAUCACAUUAGAGCUAAGGAAAGGAAAACUGCUGCUCCAGAUUAACCUUGGCAGCAACCAGUAUGGUUCCAUCCUGGGUCACACAUCAGUGAGCAGCGGCAGUUUGCUGGAUGAUCAGCACUGGCAUUCCGUUGUGAUUGAGCGCUACCGGAGAAAUGUCAACUUUACCCUGGAUCAGCACACUCAGCACUUUCGUACCAAUGGCGAGUUCGACCACCUCGACCUUGACUAUGAGCUGAAUUUUGGAGGAAUGCCCUACUCAGGCAAACCUAACUCAGGAGGCCGGAGAAAUUUCAUCGGCUGCAUGGAGAGCAUCAAUUACAACGGAGAAAAUAUCACUGACCUGGCCAGAAGAAAGAAACUGGAUACCUCUAGCUUCCGCAACCUGACAUUUUCCUGUGUGGACCCUCACACCUUCCCAGUUUUCUUCAAUGCCACAAGUUUCCUGCAGUUACCGGGCAGAAGGGAAAACAACAUGGUGUCUGUAAGCUUCCAGUUUCGCACUUGGAAUGCUAACGGCCUGCUCCUGUUCAGCACACUGGCUGAUGGCAUGUUGGAGCUUGUGCUCAAAGAUGGCAAAGUCAUGGUGCACAUCAGUGUCCUGCAGCUAAAAAGCUCACAGAUUGACCUGGCAUCAGGUUCAGGGCUGAACGAUGGUGAAUGGCAUGAUGUUCGCUUUUUGGCCAAAGAGAACUUUGCCAUGCUGACCAUAGAUGGAGAUGAAUCCUCAGCUGUGAAGACCAAUGCACUCAUUCACAUUAGCACUGGAGGACUGUAUCAUUUUGGAGGUUAUUUCUUGCGGACUCGGGUAUCUCCCUCGCAGCGCUCGUUUCAAGGCUGCAUGCAGCUCAUCCAGGUGGACGAUCAGCUGGCCGACAUAUCAGCAGUGGAGCAGGGUGUGAUAGGAGCUUUUGAGAAUGUCAGUCUGGAUAUGUGUGCCAUUAUAGACAGAUGUUUGCCCAAUCACUGUGAGCAUGGAGGAAGGUGCACUCAGACCUGGGACACCUUCAGCUGCUCCUGUGAUGGCACUGGGUACGCCGGAGCUACCUGUCACUCCUCUGUCUAUGAGCAGUCAUGCGAGGCUUAUAAGCACCUGGGGAAAACUUCAGAUGUCUACUGGAUCGAUCCUGAUGGCAGUGGACCUCUAGGGCCAUUCAGAGUCAUCUGCAACAUGACAGAGGAUAAGGUGUGGACGAUGGUGGUGAACAGCCUGCCAGCUCAAACGACUGUCUCAGGUUCAAGCAGGGAGAGACGCACAGUGCUGCAUGUAAACUACAGUGCUACCGUAGAGCAGAUCAGUGCCAUUACAGAUGCUGCAGAACACUGCGAGCAACACAUUGCUUACACCUGCCGCUCGUCACGUCUACUCAACACACCCGAUGGCAGUCCGUACACAUGGUGGGUUGGCAGAGGUAAUGAAAAGCACUUCUACUGGGGUGGUUCUGCACCAGGAAUCAAGAAAUGUGCCUGUGGAAUUGAACGCAACUGCACAGACCCCAAAUACCACUGCAACUGUGAUGCUGAUCACAAACAGUGGCGAGAAGACUCCGGGCUUCUGGUCUAUAAGGACCACUUGCCUGUGAGUCAGGUGGCUGUAGGGGACACAAAUCGAGCCGGAUCAGAGGCCAAGCUCUCUGUGGGAGCUCUGCAGUGUCAUGGAGACCGUAGUUACUGGAAUGCAGCGUCCUUUACAACACCAUCCUCCUACCUGCAUUUUUCCACUUUCCAAGGAGAAAUAAGUGCUGAUAUUUCGUUCUACUUCAAGACCUCUGCACCUCAUGGAGUUUUCUUGGAGAACUUGGGCAACACAGAUUUUAUCCGCCUGGAGCUAAAAUCACCAACUGUGGUUUCCUUCUCCUUUGAUGUGGGGAAUGGGCCAGUGGAGCUGAAGGUCCACUCACCAAUGCCACUGAAUGAUGACCAGUGGCAUCGCAUCAGUGCAGAGAGGAAUGUUAAAGAGGCUGUGUUGCAACUGGAUCUGCAAUACAGGGAGGUUCGAGCUGCACCUGCACAAGGACACACACGCUUAGAGCUCUACAGCCAGCUGUAUGUGGGUGCGGCAGGGGGGCAGAGAGGCUUCCUCGGAUGUAUCCGCUCCCUAAAGAUGAAUGGCGUGACCCUUGACCUGGAGGAGAGAGCAAAAAUCACCCCUGGAGUCAAACCCGGAUGUUCAGGUCACUGCACCAGUUUCGGGAUGUACUGUCGCAAUGGAGGAAAGUGUGUGGAGAAAUACAAUGGCUACUCAUGUGACUGCAGUGGUACUGCUUACGAAGGGCCUUUCUGCAACAAAGAUGUGGGCGCUUUCUUCGAGGCAGGAACUCUGGUCCGCUAUAACCUGGUGCCUGAGUUGACAGCUGCUCCAUCCAGCAUGGACGGGAAGGACUUAAGCCGGUCACAGCUGACGGACAGGAACCUGACCCAAGAAGUUGUGACCUUCAGUUUCAGCACAUCCAGCACUCCUAGCAUCCUCCUAUAUGUCAGCUCGUGGAGCCACGAUUACAUGGCAGUGGUACUGCGGCAGAACGGUACCCUGCAGCUGCGUUAUAGCCUCGGAGGUCUGCAUGAGCCUUUCACCAUUGAUCUUGACCAACGUAAUUUAGCCAAUGGACAGCCACAUAAUGUCAACCUGACUAGGAAAGAGCGAGAAAUACAAGUGCAGCUGGAUCACUAUCCUUCAGUCAGCUACACCCUGCCUGAAGCAUCUGACACUCAGUUCACUCUGGUCAAAACCCUCUUCUUAGGAAAGGUCUAUGAAACUGGUCCCAUUGACCCGGUGCUGAUAGAGAAGUACAACACUCCUGGCUUUGUAGGCUGUCUAUCCCGAGUGCAGUUUAACAGCAUCUCUCCUCUGAAAGCAGCUCUUCGCUCACAGCGCACUCUGCCAGUGUCACACCAAGGAAAACUGGUCGAGUCCAACUGUGGCUCAUCGCCUCUCACCAUCUCACCAAUGUCAGCUGCCACUGACCCCUGGCACCUGGAUGGAGGUGCGAACUUCCCAUUCAACGAAGAGAUAAUCAUUCCAGAUGGAGUGAACAGGAAUUCAGCAGUAAUUGGAGGCAUCAUUGCUGUGGUCAUCUUCACUAUCCUGUGCAUUCUGGUGUUCCUGAUACGCUACGUGUUCCGGCACAAGGGAACGUACCACACCAACGAGUCCAAAGAGGCCAAACGCUCCGAAUCGGCCGACACGGCCAUCAUCGCCUCCGAGCUCAAUUUCACAGAGACCAUUGAUGAAAACAAGAAGGAGUGGUUUAUCUAAGAUGUAUUUCCUGUGGAGCGUACACACACUCUCACUAAGCGUCAAGAAAGUGGGAGCUGUCUCAGAAGUGAGCUGAAAAGCUGAACUGGACGCACAGGACGGCUAGUCUCUGUUGUUGGACGAUUGAGGAGUCUUUCAUAUUAAUUGUAAAUUGUGUGAACAAAACAAGACACUGAUUUGCCAUUUUGUCAAAAGUUUGGUUGUUAUUCAUAUAUAUAUCAUUUUGAUUUAUUUCCAGCUUUAAAUUUGAAACUAUUUUUUUGUAAAUGCCUCAGUGUGUGACAGUCAGGAGUGCUGGGAAAACUCCCCAAGUUUGAAGAUGAUUAGAGUACGCUAACAACUUUACAUUCAUGAAAGUGGCUUUCUACAGCUAGCCCUCACAAACUCUAAACAUCACAAACAGGUCUAUAAUUGUAAUAAUCUUUGGAUUAGACCAGCCCCCAUGCCCAGGAGUAUAUGUGCAGCACAGUUUGCUUGGAUUGCCAUUGUUCAGCAGUAGAUUAGAAUUGCAGAAAUGAUCAAAUCCAUUGCUUUUUUUUUUUGCUGGAAGUAUAGUGUGAAAUAGAAUGAUGAACAAAGGCAGCAUCAAGGAGCCAAGAAUCAAAACCAGAGAAGCGUUCAAGAAGGGUGUGUCAAAAUGUUUAGAUUACCAGACAGCUAAAAAUUAUUUUUAUCUGGUGUGAAGCGCAAAAUGCUGUCAGGACGAUCAUGGAACUUGGCUGACAUUCAUUUGCAACAUGUUCCUUGACAUUAUUAUUUCUCAUUUUUAACAAAACUUUCCAGUGGUUAUUCUGCUUGGUUGUCACAUUAUAGCAAUUGCACAAUGGAAUGGCAGGAAAACAAUCAGAUUUGAAUAAAUCCAAAAUAGAGCAAACAAUAUGGAAGCUAAUAGUCUAUUCCUUUCUGCCAUAUUAAUGCUUAGUUGUAAUGAUGUCUUGUAGCAUGUUUAGAAAAUUACAUAAACCAUUGAACGUCAGGCUGCUAUCUAAUACAAAUUGAUCUCCAAGCUGUAAACAUUAUGAUGUCAAUAACAUCUCUUUUUGCUUUUUUGUUAGCAGCUUAUCAAGUGAUUUGUUAUUCAAUCCAUUUAAUCUAAUGCAAGGUGUAAUGAAUUACAGAACUUCUGCAGGGCCGUGUUUAGAAUGAAUGAACUGCUUCGACUCACCCCAGUAGAAACAGUAGCGGUGUUGUGCGAGUGAUUUAAUCCCACUUAUGCAGCUAUUGCAUUUGUUUGCUCGAAAUAUUUUCUAGUGAAUUUAUUUGGUUAAUUUAGCUAGUAGCCUUCAUUUAAAUGACAACAUCCCUGACCAGGAAGUCACUGACGAUGAAUGAACGAAAACUGUAAAUGCGUUCAGGCUUACCUUAAUGAAGAUGGAUGUCAUUUGUCCCGUUAUAGCUAACUGAUCAUUCAUGGUGGAAUGAAAAUCAUUUUAUACACAAGUUGAUGCCCACUGAAUCUUCAUUAAACAUUUUUUUUUUAAAAGAUAAAGGAUUAAAGUGUCUGCUAUGAGCUACUGACUGGAAGGUUGUGAUAUUAAAUCAUAUGCCUCCUAAUUAAGUCUUGAGCAGAACCAUGGGCCCCCAAUUGUUGAGCUCUGUUUGGACAGGAUCACCUCAGUAUUUCAUUUGGAUUAAAGUGUCAGAGCAUUAAAGUCUGUAGAUGAAGAGAGUAAAGUAGGUACUAACUUUCAAAUGGUGCUCUUCUAAAAGGAUAUAGGGACUGAUGAUAAGUAAAAUAGGAUACAGUACACACACAAAGAGAGAAUGAGACAUUAUUGGUCAUUACUGAAGAUCUGAGGUCCUAUAUAAAAGUAGAAAGAUUUUCUUCUGUCCUGUAUAGAUGGGCGGUGAGCAUGUAAAAAUGAAAAGUCUAUGACUGUAACAUGUCUAAUUGGAUGAAGGAUAUGAUCCGUUUAUAUAAAAAUGAGAAUGAAAAAAGCUAUAGCUAGUGGUCACAAAGCAGGGGGUUCAAGCCUCAGAGCCACCAAGCUGCCAAUGUUAGGUCCUUGAGCAAGGCCUUUCAGUAUCAUGGCUGAUCUGUGCUCUAACUCCAGCUUCCUAUCCAACUGAAAUAAUGUGAACAAAAGUAUUUCAUGGUGCUGUAAUUUAUCUGUGACAAAUAAAGGCUUUUAUUGUCUUAGGAACAAAAUUAAAAAUGAAGAUUCUUAAGACUGCAGCAGAUUAAGACCAAAAUAGACUAUAAUUGUGACAGCAAAACUAUAUACACAAACAAUAAUAAGUAAAAAGUAUGAUCGGUGUGCUUCUGGAUAUCUAAUUUUAGUAAUGUUCACAAUAGGCUGUGGAUUUGGGAUGUCAUGGGAUUUCACUACUGAACACUCACCAGCUCUUCCACAAGCUACUGUCUCUGGAAACAGACGCCAAAUCCAGGCCAAAUAAACAUUAUUUAUUUGC